AGAAAGAUUAAUAGAUUUAUGCAAAUUAAAACUUUAAAAAUGAUAUAUUAUGCAUUUUUUCAUAGUGUUAUAAAUUAUGGUAUAAUAGCUUGGGGUGGUGCUUACUCUACUGCUACCAAUCUAUUACAAAGGCUACAAAACAGAAUUUUGAAAAUCAUAAACAAAAAUAAUUUUGCUCAGGAUAAUCCAUUGAGUAUUGGGCAACUAUUUGCAUAUCAAUCAAUAAUAUACCACUACAACACACUAAAAGUUAAAUUUUUAAAUUCAGAAAGCAAAACUAGGAAUAAAAGCAUUCAGAUACCUAGGAGACUUAAGGCUAUAAGUAAUAAGAAUAGUUAUAUUAAAGCCAUAGGAGUUUAUAAUGAUCUGCCAAAUAACCUAAAAACUUUAAGCUCUAAGAAUUAUACUUAUAAACUAAGAGAAUGGGUUAAAUUUCACAUGUAAAAAAAAAAUCUUCUUUUUUAUAAAAUUAAUAAGAAAUAUAGAUAAUGUAUUUAUAAAUUGCUAUGUAUUCUGUAUACAAAUUUUAUUAAAACGUUAUUAAUCAAUCUUUCAUAUUGUAAAACUGUUAAAGUGUGAGUUAGGUACUACAUACCUUGAAAUAGAUUUUAUUUUAGUUAUAAGGAACUUUAGUUAGUAAGUAUACCGGCCUCGCGAACAGGUAACUGCGUUUACCUCUGCGGGAAUUUUACUAUUAUGUAAAUAAUAUGUAAUUUUUUGUCUGGUUAAUAAUAAAUAAAUAAAUACAGCCGAAUAAAUCUUACACAAAAGUACAAAAGUUACGAUUUUUACUGCAAUAUUUGUUAAGUAAUAUGGUUUUGAAAAUUUGGUUUGCUAAUGAUACGUUUAAACGAUUGGAUGAAAAUAUAUAUAGAUGUAUAAACGCAUGUAAAUGUUAAUGCUUCAAAAUCAAAAUAGAUUCAUGAUGACUAUAAUUCAUGUACUCCAAUGCCCGUACGUUAGGUUAGGUCUUUAUCCUCUGAGCCGCCAUAUUGGAGAGCUGCCGUUUUAAAAACUACUCAAACAUAUGAAUUUUUAAUUAAUAAUAUUAGGGCCUGGAGGUACUAAAUCAGUCAAAAAUUGAUACAUAACGUAUUCUUAUGCUAUUUCCUACUAUAUUGUAUAAGUAUUUAUACGUAUAUAGCAAAACCAUGUCUGUUCCCUAUUAAUAUAUAAAUUUGCAUUAUUAUGCCAAAUAUUAAGCGAUUGGCGAGAGAUCAAACGACUCAUUCAUGUGCAUAGAGCGGCUUAUUAUAUAUUAUUAUGCUUGUUAAUACGACGUACUAUAUAGGUAUUAAGUAUUUUUGCUUGUUCGGUUUAUUGCUAGUUAAUUGUUAGUUUUUUUAUAAAAUACAAACCAUUUUUACUCACUCACUAUAAUAUUAUACUUAUUAAGUAUUUGUCGAAAUUAAUAAGAUCAAAUAUUAAGAAUUCAAUAAAUCAUACAACAUUAAAUAAGUUUUCAAAUUUUUUGCAAAAAUAACGUGACGUCUGUCUCAAAAGCAAACUGACGAAAAGCAUAAUAUUUCCUAUAAGUAAUAUACGUGCAUACACAUACGGCUAUAGCUAUAUAUUCUAUUGUAUAUUUCGCCGAACAAGCAGAAAAACUAGAGAAGGGAAAAUGCGUGUGCUUUACCGAAAAAUCCAAUAUGCACCAAUACCCAAUAACUCCCACCCCUGCGAGCUUUUCAAGUUUUCAAAAUAUUCGAUUUUUGCAGAUCUUUGCGCAAAUCGGCUGAUAUUAAACUUUUUGUCAGAAAUAUCUUCCAUCACUAUAUAGCUUAUAUCAUUCGUUUUCUUUCAAUCUGGAAAAAAAAUCCCACACGCUGAGUUCCGGAAUGAUAAAGUUCUUACUGGCGACAUUUCGAUUUAUUUUAUCUUCUCAAACAUCCGCUAUAGCCAUAUUAUUAUAUAUAAAGCAUAUCAUUUUCCUCAUUAUAAUUUUUAGUCUCAUUUUUAUCCAAAGCGCGAGCUCUAAUGACGCAACAGUAUAAAUAUAGGUACAUCUCCAAAACAACUAGACGAAAAAAACGCUUACAAUUAAAGAAAACACCCAUACAUGCACCUGCCUGUCACACUACCGCACGUGAAUAUCACAUAAUAUCAUAUCAUGUAUGUCAUUCUACGAAAAGUCGGACACUUGACGGUUGAAAAAUGGUCGUUUUCAACGAUUUUUUUAUAUACAUAUAUACAACGUAGCAGAAUCAAGAGUAGUAUAGAGCGUAGAAAAAUCGAGAAAGAAUCGAGAGAUACAGUUAUAUAGGAGCGAGGGCCAAAGAAAAAUAAACGCCGGCAGCUCGGGAUAUAACACGGACGCGGAAAAUCCGCCGUAACGAGCGUGUUUGCGCGCCGUUUAUACAUGGAAUUGCCCUUUCCUUAUUGGCUCGUUGAUCAGCUGAGAAAUUUUGUUCCAUCUAGUUUGACGUUGUUUUUAAAAAACGUACAUUACGUGCUUAUUAUUAAUGCUUCGAUACGAAAUAUGCUAGUGCGAAAAGAGGGCUUUGAUUAAUUUGCGCAGAAUAUUUAAAAUUUUUUAAUUAAUUUGAUGUAAUGAACUAUCAGAACACCCGCAAUCUUCGUUUUUCGUUGCAGGCUAUAGGUAAAUUAGUAAUAAAAAACAAACACACACUUUUUGCGCGGCUACUUCAAGCUAUAAGAUCGUCGUAAUGAGUUUUAUUACGCAGAAAGUUUUCACUUCUCAAUAAGGAAGUGCACAAAGUUAUAUUAUGCACUCAGAAAUUAAAAUACGCGAUGUAGCCGGUUCUGCGCUAAUAGAUCCACUCGCUCGCGUUUGAAACAGGAAGAUAAUAAUCAAAAGAAGAUUAGCAAUGCAUAUGCAUUAGUGAUCUAGAGUCGAAUUCGGCACUGAUCUACUAGCUUUUUAUACGCGCGCGUUUCAAUUGUUGAAAAAGCCCGGCAUAUAAUAGGCACACAUACAUAGAUAGGAUACAUUUCCCCCCUCGUCACGCACACGCAAAAAUUCAAAUUUUCUCAUAGCCUCGUCCGGUACGCGUAUAAUGAAGAGAAGAAGUGAGCGUGAUGUACACCCACCCAACAACGAAUACAAUGCCAAAGGAGAAAGGGAAAUAAAUAAUAAGCAUCACGAACUCCUCCAUAGAUCGCGUGUGCCUUUUUAAUUCACACGUGUGUAGAUCUUAUAUACAUACAACACGUGCAGUACUGGGGGGGGGGGGGCGAAUUAGUCACGUAAAAAGCACAUAAUGCUUAUAAAUCGAGUUAUGAUAUCGCGCGUGCAUGCUCCGCUGUAAUUGCAGGCUCUGUACACACACUAUAUAGCUGCUGUAUAUACAUUACAUACUCCUGCUUUUCUUUCUUAUUUUCUCGAGAGGAUUUUCGUGCCGCGCGAUCAAAUUUAAUUAAUGGGCCUUAUAUACUGUAUCGCACUCUGAUGUGCAUGCAGUGUUGCAUGCGGAAAUUUUUAUACACUCGUUGCUGAAUAAUAUAGGUAUAAAAACUUUUGCCGGUCCAGCUCUCCGCAGCAAGAAUAUUCCUCGUAUCGAGCCGUGAGCUGCGACCUCGAGUGGGUUUAUCCCAGGCCAAAUCCAGUUCUCUCUCUCUCUCUCUCUCUCUCUCUCUCUCCCGGUCCGAUGCCGUGUAUUAGGUUUAUAUAGGCUCACGGUGACCAAAUCAAACAGAUAUAAUAAUAUGAGUAAGUUCCCGUAUAAAAAUAGUAUACGCAUAUCAAAAGAUAAAGCGAGCAAUUAUCUCGCUCACUUGACCACAAUAUACUAUAUACGCAUAAUUAUAUUAUUUGCGAUAGAGCUUUUGCCAAGAUUAAUUCCUACUCGCGUACGCAUUAUUUUAUGCGCGGUAUAGGUAUAGUCAGUUUGAUUUUUAAUAUUGCAAUUUUGAAUAUUUUGUAUAGAAAAACGACUUUUCGUCAAUUGAGCCCACAUCGUUUCAACGAUUACUUUUUCCUUAUCUUCUUUCACCAAACUAUACGUGUACACUACAAUGUAAGGGGUUCGUAGAUCAUCAAAAUACGGCGAAUCUAUAAUGAAAAAACGAAUUAGUAUCGCCCCACUUCCCCCGCAUAGAUAUAAUAUAUGCAUUGCGCUAUCUCGUUCCUCUACUAAUAGAUGUAUACAAUUCUCAGAAGGUCAAUCACAAAAAAAAAGCAACAAUCUCACCCAUCCGAUUAAUGAAGGCUUAACGUUAUAAUAAACAUAACAUUAUAAUUCCUCAACGCAGAUAAUCGAAAUUAAUGAACUUGCACCAUCAGCUGCAGAAGCCUGAUGCAGACAUCAGCGACAACGACGACGCCGCAACAUAUGACAGUCCGCAAAACACACGUCAGCGACCAGCAUCCCCCCUCCCCCCACUCACUUUCUUUCUCUCUGAUGACCUCUGUGCUCAGUACACACGUACUCAUACCUGUAUCGGCUAUGCCUAUAUAGAUAUGUAUACGCCAGCAGCGUGUAUAGCGUAGCCAUGACACAACACAAGCUGCAGCAGCCAGCAGUCUCCGCAGUGCGACCGCAGCUCUCAAGUCUCAGCUGAUGUGUAGCAAAAGGUGUGCAGCUACGGCCGGCCGAUAAGACUGCACUGAUAUACCUCACCCGCCGACAUCCUGAAUAUCGGCUUAUCGUUAUAUAUAUAGGCCUCAUGAAACAUCCAAUCGUUCGACGAACAAACAUCUUCUCUGUGUACUACUUUACGCUGCAGCGGUCGUUUUAAUAGCCCGCGGACUUUUCUUUUUUAUAACACUCUUGUCCCUCAUUAACUUUAAAGAGGGCCCCCCUCCCUUAUCAAAGUCGUUACGCAACUUUGCGAGAAUCCGUGUAGAGCUGGAGAAAUUGGUGCUUUUUAUACUAUAGACUAGAUACCUACAUCCGCGGUGUCGUGUGCGCAGGUAUGCAAUUGCAGGGCCGUUGAAAUGAAGUGUCGUUGUCGGCGUACUGCUGCUGGGUUCGACGAAGAUUGCGCUCAAUCAGAUGUGACACAGAGGACGCUUGUCAGAGGCUUGUCGAGUCACAGUGCAAAGUAACAGCGAGAUGCCUGCCCAACUGAGCAAAUUUGCUAUUGGAGCCAGCUGCAAGGAGUAUGCCCAUCCAUGGUCGGACUCGUGCAUCAGCACCACGGCUGGAUUGGGUCUACAGGCGGUGCAAGACUGUAUCAGGAUAUACUCUACACUCUACUUUAUUACGCUUCUGACAAAGGGAAGGGUUCCUACAUUAAACGACUUGAAACGGACCUUUAUAAGCAUCAUACAGUCAACUGCAUUUCUGUCAUGGAGUGCUUUUGCUUAUUCCAUGUUUAUCUGCAUUUUUCGGAGAAUGUUGAGACACUUUAAUAUUUUAACAGUGUCCUUUGUCCCAUCCUUUUUCUCUAGUCUUACUGCGAUCAUUCUUGAGAGACCAUCCAGGCGUACAAUGCUAUGUCUAUAUGUUUCAAAUAUUGCUACUGAAACAUUGUUCAGGAUGGCAGUUUCUAGAGGAUAUAUAUCUGGUAUUACUCAUGGUGAAGUUUAUAUAUUUGCUGCUGGCUUAGCAACCUUGUUGUACUUCUUUAGAAGUAAAAAUAAUACUGACUCUAUUUUUAGAGUUUUUAGGCUUGGGCUGGGUCCAUACGAAGAAAAAGGAUAUCAACAACGAAAUCAUUCUCAGGCUGCACAGCCAACCAGUUCCUAUGCGAAAAACGAUACCAAUAGAAGAAAGAAGCCAUCGAAUUCGAUAUUGAAAUUAGUAUGGGAAGUUUUAAGAGUUUACAAACAAUUAAUUGAUAAAGUGAAGACAUUAGGUGGUAAACAUUCUUCUUGUCCUCACCCAAACAGUUGUGUACACUACGUCUUAUCUGGUGGCUUGAAAAUGUUCAGCAUUGGAUGCAGUAUACAAAUCGGACUGAAAUUAGUGUUCCAGAUGAAAAAUUUAAUACGGAAACCAAAACAAUUUAAAGAGAUUCUUUUUAAAAAAGGAACAUUGAAUUUAGCUUGCUUCCUUGGAGGAUUUGCUGGCUUGUACAAAUUUGUAUCGUGUUCUUUACGAAGAGCAUGGAAUAAAGAUUCGCCAGAGCAUGCUCUAAUUGCUGGUUUAAUAGCAAGCACAUCUUUUCUAAUGUAUCGAGACAAUACUAUAGCUCUUUAUGUCGCUUGGAAGGCAGCUCAGCUACUGUGGAAUGAUGGCGUUGAAAAAGGAAAAGUACCUGAAGUCAAAUGGUUUGUGAUAUUUUUGUACUGCUUUAGUACAGCAGUUUUGUUUCAUGCUGCUAUUGUAGAGCCGCAGAAUUUGAGAAUUUCGUAUUGGAAAUUUUUGUAUAAUCUUUCAGGAGGAAGAAUUGCCGCCAUGUCUCGCGUACCAAUUGACGAAUUUGGUUUAGAGAGUAACAAACACUUGCAAGCAAUUCUUAAAAUAUCAAAAACACACGAUCAACACGUUUAUACUUUUUAAAAAAAGAAUAGAAAUCGUAUUUUUCUAUUUCUUGAUAAACACCAAAGACAUUCCAGCAGUAAAAGAGAAAUCGGAAACAAACUGUUAAACGUUUUUUGUAAAGUUAUUACAUGUUCUACUAAGUUGCCUCAAUCAAAUAUUUUUAACAAAACUUAAUAUCUAAUUGUUAGAUAUGUAAAAUAUGACAAGAACACAGUAUUUUUUUAUUUUAUUAAACUCUGUGAAGUUUAACGAGAAAACUACUUAAAUUCAUUUGCUAAAAAAGAUAGGCAAUUUAAUUUAUUUUAUAAUUUAAUAUAUAUAAUGAACGAUCGAACUAUAUUGUGUAUAAUAGCUGUACUCAAUUUUCUUGUUGAAAUUCACGAAUAUUAAUCUAUCAAACCAAUGGUGCCUAUAUUAAAUUGUGAUGAUUUAAUGAUUUUUUCAUACUCUUUUACAAUUAAAACUUGUCUGAUCAUUUAUGCACUUGUAUCUAGGUUUUUGAAUUCUUAAAGGAUUAUUUUUUUACUACUAUUGUUUUAUCUAUGGUUAAUAUAAAUGGUACAACUUAUUUUUUCACUAUUAUACGGAAUAUUGGUUAAUAAUGUACAAAUAUAUUUCAUUCUCAAGUUAAUAGUUGUAACAAAGGGAUAGUUGGUUUAAGUAUGGAGAUUACAAACAAACAAUAAAAUUUAUAAAAAACUGAA